CGCGACCAGCGCAGUCUGCAGCACAGAUCUUCGCGGACAACACUCAGAAUGAAGGCAUUUAUUUUGCUGGGAGUAAUAUGCUUGGUUGCACUGAUGCACCAUGCGGCUGGCUACAGCAGUGGUGCACCCACCGAUGCUUGUGAAGAUCUUGUGCCACAACACAGAGUACCAGCUCAGAAAGACCCCUGUCCCUAUGUUAUCACUGUCAGUAAGAGGGAAAUUAAAGUAGGUGAGCCGAUUAAGGUCACCAUCACUGGUAAAAAAGGUGAAAAGUUCAAAGGAUUUAUGUGUCAGGCACAUGAGAAAGGCCGAGUGGGUGACUUCCAAGAAGCUGAUGGAGUCCAGAUUGUUAACUGUAGCUCAGGAAAGCAGGAUGCUGUAACUCACAUCAAUGCCGACGAGAAAUCAAAAGUAGAAUUCACCUGGGUAGCAUCUGAGAAGCUUGAUAAACCUCUGACAUUUGUAUGUACAGUUGCUAAAGAUGGAGGUACCUUCUGGGUUGCUGAGAAAUCUGAGCCCAUUUCAGUGAAGUAGAUGCAAGCAGUGAGUGCUUUCUAUACAGUACUGAAACUGUGGGAAACACUUUAAUACCACAUGAACAAGAAAUGAAAACUCUUAAAGUUCAAUGAGACUGUCAGUCCAUGGCUGAUGGAACUUUUCUCAUGAAACAAUCUUUGUGAAAUCACAAGGAACAUGUUAGGCAAAAUGAUGAUAUCUAACACUAAAAUAUUAAAUGCAACUUUCCACAAUGUGACACAUUGUUUAUUUACAAAAGCUAAAGGACUGAAAGUGUAUUUAUAGGUAAAUAAGUGUGAAAUAGACAGACACUAGUCGAAAAUAAAAAUCAGUACAAUGAGUACACCAUAUGUUCAAACUAAAAUGACUAAGAACUGUUCAGGUGUAAUAAAUGGAGGACAUCAGUGAAGCUGUGUAUGUCAUCAAGAAAUGUUUCACAAAUACAGAAUUCCCAAAACAAA